AUGGUUUCCGACCUAAAGUCGCAGAAUUACGGGAUUCCGGGCCGUCGAAAUGCGGCAUCCAGGUCGCCCAGUCAUCCCUCCCGUCGCACUACCGACUCUCAGGUUUCGUAUGGUCAGCAGCAUCGCAAAACUGCCUCAAGCAUGGAUGCGGUCGGCACUCAGGACAAGGCAUCAGACAUGAGGCCAGAUGCAGCAGUCAUAACUUCUCAGCUGCCCGAAGUCAGCCCGACCGGGGACUGGAGUAUGGCGCCUGGGAAUCCCAGACAUCUAUCCACACUCUUCUCGUGUGCCAGUUCCGCUUUGCCAUCGCCUCGCGCUUCGUCGCCCUCUUCCGCAUCUUCGCCCAAAGGUACAAUCCAAUCUCUGCCAUACAACUGCGUUACUGGCCUAUUAACUGCUGGCUCGAUGGGAAAGUGCAAAAGUCCCCCUGAAAGUAGUCAACUCACUACGACCAGCGUCGACAAUGGAAAUUGGAAUCCCGUGCCCAAGCAGAUCGAGUUAGGUGGAUAUGCACAAAGCUUCCAGAGAACAUGGCAACCUCAUAAUGAAGCUGUUGCCGCGCAAGAAGCCCAUGAUUGUGACGUCAUUAACAUGCAUUCCGCACAUCCUGACGCCUACCGAGGCACCCUUGAUCACGCAGGAAGGGGACGAGAUGGGAGGAGACGAUAUACGAAUUCUUAUGAAAAUCUCGACGAUGACGGAGCACCAAAGUGCGGCAAGCGUCCCGUAGAUACGUGCCUGCUAAGCAGCAACUUUCGAUACGAUGAUCAGCAAGAAGACAAUUUGCUGAUGAGUCCUUUGAUGCCAUCGGCAGAAGGCAUCAGAAACCUUCAUCUCGAAGGUUCAAGAUACACCGAGUGUUGUCUCGGAGAGACGCGACAAACCCCCGAGGCUCCUGAGCAGCACUCCAGCUCCAUGACUAGCAUCACGGCCCACAGCACGGCAAGCGAUGAGGGAGAUUUUAGGCUAUCCAGUCAAAAGACUGGGCAUGAUGGGUUCGAAAGUGAGACAGGAAGCACAGUGGCCAACUCUUCGGUGUCGCAGAUCAGCUGUCUGGAAGAGGAGACUGACAUGGAGGAAAAGGAAGAUCAACGAGGAGGGCUUAAUGAGGAGUGUCCAAGCAAAGAGAAUGGUGAUGGACCAAUCGGCUGCACCACUAUAGGUGAU